AUGGCUUCUGAUUUGCAGCCAACCACAUUGCCUGUGCUCCGCAGCACACGUGGUCACCUUAAAGGUUCCCUAACGAAGUUAACUACAUACAUCGAAUCCAUUACGGAUGCAACUUCGUAUACCGAUCUAAAAAUUCGCUACUAUAAAGUCGACGAUUUAUGGAAAGAAUUCCUCGUGACACAAAAACAAUUAUACACGUUUUCCGAUAGCGAAAACUAUACGGAUCCUCUCCCGGAAUUCGAGGAAUUCGAAGCCAAAGUUUUAAUCGUCAAAUCGAGUCUCUUAGCGGCAAUAACUGAACGCGAAAAAAUUGAUAAAAAAAAUGAUGUGGUGUCUCAAUUAGCCACACAGCAAAAAGUUUUGAUUGACACAUUAAGUCAGUCCACUUCUGUUGUAAAACAGGAUGAUGGCUUUCUUCCAUCUGUUCGAAUCGAACCAUUUUCGGGAAAUUAUAAAGACUGGCCGUCUUUCAGAGAUACUUUCCAAAGCGUGGUGUCAAAUAAGCCAAAAUUAUCACCAAUUCGGAAAUUUCAGUUUUUAAUUUCUUGUCUUCGCGGUGACGCAUUAAGUCUCCUUAGUCAUCUAAAAGUAUGUGACGAUACAUACGAGGAAGCAUGGGAAAAACUCGAUAAGCGUUUCAAUAGGCCGCGUCACAUUGUAAAUAAUUUUGUGAAAGCAUUCAUGGAUCUACCGUCUGUCCAUACUUCGAACGUUAGCGUUUUGCGAAAAAUAUCAGAUGGGGCAGAUGAGAUAGUUAGGGGUCUUACAUCCAUUUCUUCGCUUACCAGAGAUCCAUGGCUUAUUUAUAUUCUAAUAAAUAAGUUGGACUUUGACACUCGUCAGGCGUGGUCUGAGGACUAUUAUUCGGAGGACUACCCUACUAUAAAUCAGUUGUUAGAUUUUUUGGAUCGUCGUUGCGAGGCCUUAGAAAGUUGUAGGACAAGCACUCGUGAAUCUAACCCAAUAAAAAAGCCGCCAGUGAAAAGCAUGCUUGCUUCCACCUCAAUAAUAUGCCAAAAGUGCAACGCGAACCACGGUCUUACGCAGUGCCAAAUGUUUCUCGAUAUGGAUGUUCAAGCUCGUCGAGAGUUUGUGAAAACUAAUAAACUCUGUUUCAACUGCCUUCGCAGUGGACAUCCUUCAGCACGUUGCCAAUCCAAAUUUCGUUGCAAAGCAUGCAAUACUCGUCACCAUAGUUUGGUCCAUGACGACUCCAUAAACUCUACCACCAUAAAUUCCACCACAAAAUCAUCAGAUUCUUCGACAAAAAUUAAUAAUUCGCUCGUUUAUGAUCCUAACAAGGAUUUUGUGCCACAAACAAACAAUACUUCGCUUCGUUCAUCUCAAACAACAAACUUCGGUUCCGUGAAUUCACAUAACUCGGUAAACAUUCCUUCGUCUUCGCCACAAGCUUUAAUUAAUAACCAUUCUCAUAUAAAUCAUUCGAUUAAAACACUACUUCCAACCGCGUUAGGGAAAGUUUUAGAUGUUAAUGGUAAAUCCCAGAUAGUCAGGAUGCUGAUUGACACAGGCUCACAGGUAUCUUUCGUUACCGAGUCAUGCGCUCAAAGACUCGGAUUAAAACGCAAAAAUGCCCGCAUACCAAUAAGUGGUAUUGGAUCUACACAAGCUGGUAGUUCCAGAGGCCUUCUCUCAUUGGCAAUUACUUCGCGUUGCGAUACGUAUAGUAUUUCUGUUGAUACAUAUAUUCUAUCGAGCGUUACAACUAACUUGCCAACAUCUUCGUUUACCAUCGAAGAUUGGGAUUACUUACAUCGACUCGAAUUGGCUGACCCGUGGUUUAAUCAAUCGCGCCCUGUCGAUAUUUUACUCGGAGUAGAUAAAGCUUGGGAAAUCUUACAAGGGCAACGCUUCAAUAGUCGGCAAGGGUAUCCCAUCGCACAACGAACCAUAUUCGGUUGGGUUCUGGCUGGACCAUUACCGCCCAACAAACCCUUCUUUACUUCGCAUCAUGUUCAUAUCAAUAUCGAUUCGCUUUUACAAUCAUUUUGGACUAUCGAAGAAGUCAACCCUAAAUCAAUCGUUUCGAAUGAAGAUAAACAAAUCGAAGAACAUUUUGUUAAAACCCAUCGUCGCGAUUCGUCGGGGAAAUACGUCGUCGAUUUGCCCUUUAAAUCUCCACCUUCCUUUGGCGAUACUUUAAACGGGGCUAUUACGCGUCUUAAAUGGAUGGAGAAUAAGUUUUCGAAAAACCCAAAUCUGUUUGAAAGUUAUGCACGGUUUCUUGACGAAUAUUUAAGUCUAGGACAUAUGUCGCGAGUUCCUCCUGAAGAAAUCUCAAAAUCAAAUGUGUUCUAUCUACCCCAUCACGCUGUUCUGAAACCGGAAAGCAGUUCAACAAAGCUCCGUGUCGUAUUCGACGGGUCGUUUAAAGACAGAAACGGCUAUAGCCUUAAUGACGCGCUUAUGAUCGGUCCACCCAUCCAGCGCAAUCUUUUUUCUGUUUGCCUCAGAUUCCGCCGACACAAAUUCGUCUUCAGCGCUGACAUAAUUAAGAUGUUUCGCCAAAUUAUGAUUUCCGAACAAGAUACAGACUUCCAACGUAUCGUAUGGCGAAAAUCACCCACGGAACCAGUACAACACUUCCGAUUACACACGGUUACUUACGGAACUUCUUGUGCUCCGUUUUUGGCUGUUCGGGUUCUAGAACAAUUGGCAAGAGACUACCGCGAAGAAUUUCCAAUUGCUUCAGAUAUCAUCUUAAAUGACUUUUAUGUUGACGAUGUCGUGUCGGGUGGUGAUACUCUAUCUGAAGCAACGUUCAAACGCGAUUCGUUAAUUAAACUCCUCGAAAAGUGCGGCAUGCGUUUAAGCAAAUGGCAAAGUAACUGUCCAGAACUUCGCCAAGACUCAGAUGGUGAUGCAAUUCAAAACCAUUCGCUCGAUGUUGAAUCGGAUUCGUGGACAAAAGUGCUCGGUUUAUUUUGGAACUCAAAAACAGACGUAUUUAGUUUUCGUUUAAAUUAUAACCCUGAAGAUACAAUUACUAAACGACAGAUUUUAAGAGACAUAGCUCGCAUAUUCGAUCCCCUCGGUUUUCUCUCUCCCUCGGUAGUGCAACUUAAAAUCCUUCUACAAGAAUUGUGGCAAAGAAAUAUCGAUUGGGACGAUAAGCUUCCGUACCCAAUGGCUUGCCGGUGGAAAAAAUAUCGUGAAGAACUUCCAGCUCUCACAAAAAUUGAAGUACCUCGUACAAUCGGUCUUGGAAGAAUCGCCUUCGAACUACAUGCUUUUUCAGACGCAUCGGCAUCCGCGUAUGCUGCCGUGAUCUAUUCGAGAUAUCAGUUACCUGACGGAACAUAUCAAAUAAAUAUUCUCGCUGCCAAAACUCGGGUUUCUCCCUUAAAACAACUGAGCAUUCCGCGGUUGGAACUAUGUGGUGCUGUCCUCUUAACAAGACUUCUAAUUGCAGUUCAAAACUCCCUCGAGGUCACAUUUGACAAUGUUUUUGCAUGGUCAGACUCAAAGGUUGUCUUAUCAUGGCUAUCUUCUCCACCUCGCCGAUGGAAUAUUUUUGUCGGCAACAGAACUUCGGAAAUUCUCGAUGCAAUCCCACGAAACAGAUGGUUUCAUGUCCGAUCGGACGUUAAUCCAGCGGACUGCGCAUCGCGUGGAAUUUCACCUUCUCAACUGCUAGAACAUCCUAUAUGGUGGACAGGUCCCCAAUGGUUGAGAGAGAAUAACGAUGCUUGGCCAAUAGUUCGAGAUUUGGAGGAUGAUCCUCUUUGUAAACAAGAGGAAAAGAUAGUUCCACCACAAUCUUACGUAACCGUAAUUGAUGAUCACCCAAUUGAGGAACUGUCAACUAGAAUCUCAUCCUGGAACGUACUCAUUAGAACUGUAGCACGCAUGCAACGUUUUAUUGAUAGAUGUCGCAAAGAAGACGUUCCUUCUUCACUUCAUCUUGAACCGACUGAAAUCUUCAAUGCUAAAAAGAUAAUCAUAAAAUGGCUACAGAAUCGUUACUUUGGAGAGUGUAUAAAAGCAUUCACCCAACAUGGUAAUUUCCCUAAAAAUUCGAAAAUUAUUAACCUCUCUCCUUUCUUAGAUGAUCAUGGGAUCCUAAGAGUCGGUGGAAGAAUUACAGAAGCCAAUGUUUCGUUCAACACUAAACACCCAAUUAUCUUACCUAAAGGAGACAUCAUAACAAAGCUCAUUGCUCUCGAUGCCCAUAAACGUUUUUGUCAUCCCGGAAUAUCAACCCUUUUCGCUCUUAUUCGCCAAGAGUAUUGGAUCAUCGGCUGUCGAAACUUACUUCGAAAGAUCACACAUGACUGUAUCAGUUGUUUUCGACAACGCAAAGCAACAACAAAUCAAUUGAUGGGCAAUCUACCUCCCCCACGAAUUCAAGUUAGCCGGCCAUUCGCGCAUUGCGGUUGUGAUUAUGCCGGUCCAAUUAGUUUAAAAGUGAAAUCGGGACGGAAAUCGCAUGUCACUAAAGGAUACAUCUCGCUAUUUGUUUGCCUAGUGACGAAAGCAAUCCAUUUAGAGCUUGUUAGUGACUUAACAACGGAUGCCUUUCUCGCAGCUCUACGGAGGUUUGUCGCGCGUAGAGGAAAACCGUCGCAUCUUUAUACCGACAACGGCACAAAUUUUCGCGGCUCCGCUCGUUCGUUAUCCGAGAUGCAUCAACUGCUCUUAUCGCAAACCCAUAACUCAAUCGUUGCAGAUUCUUUGGCUCGUGACGAGAUUUCGUGGCAUUUUAUUCCCCCAUCAUCCCCACACUUUGGCGGUUUGUGGGAGGCCGGGGUAAAAUCCGUCAAACAACAUCUUCGGCGCAUCAUAAAUAACGAUGUUUUGACAUACGAACAGUUGUAUACAAUUUUGACUCAAAUCGAAGCGAUUUUAAACUCGCGUCCGUUGUGUAAAAUUUCGGACACAGAACUCGACCCACUAACCCCAGCUCAUUUCUUUUUAGGUGAGUCCUAUGCUGCUGUUCCUGAGCCGAUGAUAGAUAUCCCAACUAAUCGUUUAUCGUGCUGGCAACAACUCCAAUCUAAGAUCCAAGGUUAUUGGAAGCGUUGGCACAUGGAGUAUUUGACGUCACUGCAGCAACGUCCCCGAUGGCAACAAAGUCAAACCAAUAUAAAAGUCAAUGACCUGGUGGUGAUCAAAGAGUCUAAUUUACCUCCUGGAAAAUGGGCAAUGGGACGAGUAAUUGAUACCCAUCCAGGAAAAGAUGGUCAUGUUCGUGUGGUAACUCUAAGAACGACCAACGGCAACCUAGUCCGCCCAAUUCAUAAACUGGCUAUUCUUCCAUGUUCUGAAACUGUGGUUCAGGGGCGGGGGAAUGUUUAA